AUGACAACAUUUUAAAAUAAAAUUUACCUAUUUUAAAUUUGGAAUCCAAACUGAUCAAUGAAUCAAGAUGAUAUUGUUUCGCUCGAAUCUUCUCCAGUGAUAUUCCAUAUUCCAUCCUUUGCUAUUGGAUCAUAAUUUCAGGCACUAGUUCGAGCCCUUAGUACGGCAAGCAAAAAGUUAAUUUUGCUAAGAGCUUAUAAUAUUACAAUAAUAUGCGUGAAUGCAUAUCCAUACACGGAGGACAGGCAGGUGUUCAAAUCGGUAAUGCAUGUUGGGAACUGUAUUGUUUGGAACAUGGAAUUCAACCGGACGGACAAAUGCCUUCAGAUAAAACCGUUGGAGGAGGAGAUGAUUCAUUCAACACAUUUUUUAGCGAAACUGGAGCAGGUAAACAUGUUCCAAGAGCUGUAUUUAUUGAUUUGGAGCCUACGGUAGUAGACGAAGUCCGCACCGGUACAUAUCGGCAACUUUUCCAUCCUGAACAGCUCAUUACUGGGAAAGAAGAUGCAGCGAAUAAUUACGCAAGAGGUCAUUAUACUAUUGGGAAAGAAAUAGUCGAUCUCGUAUUAGACAGAGUACGUAAAUUGGCAGAUCAAUGCACAGGUCUUCAAGGGUUUUUAAUCUUUCAUUCAUUUGGGGGCGGCACGGGAUCUGGUUUUGCAUCGCUUCUGAUGGAGCGACUGUCCGUUGAUUAUGGUAAAAAAUCGAAGCUGGAAUUUGCAAUUUAUCCAGCGCCGCAGAUCUCUACUGCGGUAGUGGAGCCUUACAAUUCUAUUCUGACGACACAUACAACCUUGGAACAUUCUGAUGCUGCUUUUAUGGUUGACAAUGAAGCCAUUUAUGACAUUUGCAGGAGGAAUUUAGAUAUUGAAAGGCCAACUUAUACAAAUUUGAAUCGACUCAUUGGGCAAAUAGUAUCUUCGAUAACAGCUUCUUUACGUUUUGAUGGUGCGUUAAAUGUAGAUCUUACAGAAUUCCAAACUAAUCUAGUGCCAUAUCCGCGUAUCCAUUUUCCUUUAGUCACAUAUGCUCCUGUAAUAUCUGCAGAGAAAGCAUACCAUGAACAACUCUCAGUGGCUGAAAUCACCAACGCUUGCUUCGAACCUGCUAAUCAGAUGGUGAAAUGUGAUCCCAGACAUGGCAAAUAUAUGGCCUGUUGUAUGUUAUAUCGUGGAGAUGUAGUACCUAAAGACGUAAAUGCUGCCAUAGGAACUAUCAAAACAAAACGUACGAUUCAAUUUGUCGAUUGGUGCCCGACAGGAUUUAAAGUAGGAAUUAAUUACCAGCCACCAACUGUCGUUCCUGGAGGAGACCUAGCCAAAGUUCAACGUGCAGUAUGCAUGCUAUCCAACACAACUGCUAUUGCAGAAGCGUGGUCCCGUCUGAACCAUAAGUUUGACUUGAUGUACGCAAAGCGUGCUUUCGUCCACUGGUAUGUAGGCGAAGGUAUGGAGGAAGGAGAAUUUUCUGAGGCUCGUGAAGACUUGGCAGCUUUAGAAAAGGAUUACGAGGAAGUUGGCAUGGAUUCCGGCGAGGGAGAAGGUGAAGGCGGUGAAGAAUAUUAACACUUUGAGACUUUUUAUUUUAGCACUAGUUUCCCAUAAUUAAGUUCGAAAAUGUUUUAUUUUUAUCAUUGUAAUUUAAUAUUACGCAUGUGUGUUAGGCUUAUUAAAUUUAAAUUUACAAGU